AUGCAAACCGUGAGAACGUUGGAGCAAGCGGAUAUAGCGGGAUUACGGAAGGCUUUAGAGGAUUGUGAAGCUGAGAAGAAAUUAGUGGAAGAGGAUUACAAGAUUAGGGUAGCAGAGCUCUCUCGUCGAAUGGACUUAUUCCAAGAGGAAAAUAAAAAGUUGAAAGGCGAUCUCUUAGAAAUGAAAUCAAAACAUCGAGAAUUGGAGAUGGAAUACAAUGGAACAAUAAGAAAAAUCAAUGAAAAGGAUGUGACCAUUAAAAAUUUGGAGCUGCUGAAAACAAAUCUGCUGAAAGAGCUGGAGAAUGAGCGGGUCAGAUUUGACGCUGUAACAUCCGAGUUGGACAAUCUCCAAGUGGAUUUUGAUUCUAAAACGAAAACUACCGUAGCCGUUGAGAUGACUGUCAAGGAGCUGAAGCGACAAAGGGACGAAAUCAGCAAAGAAAAAGAGGACCUUUCAAAGCAUUUGGUCGAGUUGUCACGUCGAUUGGCAUCCGAAAUCAAGCGGGGAGACGACGCGGAAUACAUAAUGCAACGUAUUAUUUAUUAUUAUUUAUUAUUAUUUAUUAUUAUUAUUUUUAUUGUUGUUGUUAUGAUCGUUACCUUCGCAGAGAAUAUGAACGACAUUGGACGAAUGGAGGGCGACUUGCUGGAUAAUGAGAAGCAAAUUUUGGCGUUGAGACAACAGAACGACGAAAGUGACACGAAGUUGGCGACUCUCAACGCGAAAAUAUCGAACUUGGAAAAUUGCCAAGCGUCCAGCGCUCGCGAAAUUCAGAAACUAACUGAACUGAACGCAAAACUACAGCAGGAGAAACAGGAUAUCAUGAGUUUGAAACAAAAGUGUGACGUCAUGGUGGAUUUGCUGAAAGAUAAACUGCGCAAAAUGGAUGUUGAAAUGGAGAAGCUGAAAGGCGAAAAUAGAGAGCUGCAAGAGCGCGAAGAUGCAGCGCAAAAGCAACAAAAAGAAGACGCCAACAAAGUGCAUCAGCUAGCGAUGGAGCUGAAAGAGGCGGGCGCGGAAAUUCAAGAGCUCGAACGAAAAUUGGCGCAAGUGGCUGAAGAUGAUCAACUGAGAUUGCAACAAACGCGACAGGCAUCUUCAGAUCAAGUAACUCAUCUCGAAGUUACCGAAAUAACCGAGACCAAAGUCAAGCAAUUAGGCGACAAGCAUAAAUUGGAAAUUGAAAAACUCGAGAAUGAUAAGAAGCGUAUAGAGGAUUUGCAAGACCACGAAGGGACGCUUCGAGCGGAAUUAAAGGAUUGGCAAGAGAAGCACGCAGUGACGCACAAGGAACUGCAGACUGUACGCGAUCAGCUCGAGAAUGAGCAUCGUGACUCCGAGAAGGAGAUUCAAAAAUGGAAAACCGAAUUGUAUACGGUGCAAAUGGAGCUGAAAAACUUCGAGGCUGCCAACGAAACGCAAAAAUCUCAAUUGGCCAUUGCAAGUGAACGUGGUGCUGCGUUGAACAAGACGGUGACAGAGCAGAGCGGACGAAUACGUGAAUUGAACGCCCAAGUGCGACGCUUGGAAGAGUCGCUCUCAGACGUGAACUCGACUCUU